AUGGUGCCCACAAGGGUCGUGGUGGUCCUCUUCUUGGUUGGAAUUGUCGGUUGCGCCGCGUCGGCCAGAGGCGGCAGCGCCGGCGCCACGGUGAGGCCGUGGGCCAGCGGCUCCGUCGAUCAGCCCCCCGUGCGCGAAGGCCUCCAAAGCUGGGCCUCGCAACUCGUGUUCGCCAUCUCGCCCGAAGUGGUGAACUGCUCGUCCUGUCCUUCUUCGUCCGAGCCAACAACGUCACCGGCAGCCCCGCCGUGGCUGGGUCAGCGUUCGUUGGCGGCAUCGUUCCCCUGCGACAUCACGGCCGCCGACAAGUGGUGCGCCUACUCGAUCCCGCUGCGCGCGGCCACCACUCUAGGUCGGGGAAACGGCCAGGUGGCGUUCUCCUACGCCAUCAAGCAGCAAUCGUUCAUCAUCGCCAACGUGUCGCUGGUCAGCUGUGCGAGCGCGGGCGUGACGGACCCCUCGACCCUCGCCGCCGCGUUCUACUACCCCGAGCGCGACGACCCGACGGCCGCGUGGCGCACCGAGGCCCAGGCCCGGAUCAACACCACCCGCACGACCCGGCUCUCGAUCCCCGUGGUUGACAUCAACGGGCGGCCCGUCAAGGGCGCGCUCGUCAACGUCUAUCAGCAGCGCCACCGGUUCGGGUUCGGGUCGGCCCUCAGGGCGUCGCUCCUGUCGAGCAACCCUACCUACGCCGACAAGGUGAAGGAACAUUUCGAUGGUGCUGGAGAAUGA